AUGGGUAUAGAGACUCAUUUGGAUCCGGAAUUUUCGCAUCGGGCCAGCCGUUCCAUGAUGAAACAAUUCUCCCAGGAGAUUCACUCGUGGGUUAGUCAUCUCUCAGAGAACCCGAUCAGAAAGAGCUCCCAGAAAGAUGUAUUUAUGCAGGAUGUAAAGAAGAGGUGCAAGGAUCCGUCCUUGAGGUCCAUCGCGAUCAGCAUCUAUGGCGAGACGUUUAGCGAAGAGAACUACGCGGCUUUGAGUGCCAUGAGCGAACUCCACGAGAAGAUCAUUUUCGUCGCGUUUCUCAAUAAGCGAGUGAUGUCUAAAUGGUAUAACAAAUUGCCGACUGCUGAAAAGCGACUGAUGGACUCAUUCCAGACGCAGUGGGAGGUUUUCAACCUCGCCCAGAUCAAGCUGGCAAGAGAGGAAAAGCUCUCGUGUCCAGCAGAAAAGAUCUACGCAGGUGUCGAAGCCGGCGAUAUAAGCCUUCCGGAGCACUUAGCGAAGGAUCAAACCAUGCAGAAAAAGCUCAGGGCUGAGAUUUCUACCCACAGAGCCCAGCCCGGCUAUACGCUGGGGGGCUAUAUUGGCAAACAGAACACCCUACUGCAUUUCUCGCUGCUGGAGUCAAUUCACGUUACCCCUGCUAUGUACUUCACCCUACCGGAAUAUAACGCCAGCCACAAGCGCAUUGGGGGAUUCCACAUUCCCGCUCACACGCCAACGAUCGUGGACACGCUGAUGCUUUCCGCCCGGAGCGGUUUUUUUUGUCUGGACCCCGCGCGGUAUCGCUUUGGGUUUGUUCGCUGGGGGAUCGGACGUGACAAGUGCCUGGGCAAGAAUAUGGCAGAGGUGAUUCUGAAGCUAGCGAUUCUGGCUGUGACGGACAAGUAUACGCUACAUGUACCCUCUGCACUGCCUGAUCAAGGAGAGAAAUCGGAGGCUGGCUUCACGAUCAACCGGGACGUGGAAGUAGAAUUCAGACCCGCCAUCUAG